AUGUUUUUUACUUAGAAAGCAGUCAAGUUUGUUAUUUUACCUUAUAAAAAUGGUAUAAACAUGAUUAAAUGUUUUAGCCCUUCCAAUUAAAUUCAACUUGUAAAUUGGAGCAAAUAUGGUUGGAAAUACUUAAGAACAUGAAGUUUGCAUUAAUAAUAAAUAAAUUGUGAAUAAUCAUUGCUGUGUUGUACUCAAUGAAGAUGAAAUAGAACUUAUUGUUUUAGAUGGUCCAGUGUAUUAUAAAAAUGCAGAUGGAGAUUUUGAAUAAUUAGCCAAGGAUUCAGUCUUAAGGUACAAUCAUUCGUUAAAUUAGUUUAAAUAUUGAAUCCGCGGAUUUUUUAAUUCGGUUGGGGUAAACAAUAGAAGCUAAAAUUCAAGUCAUAGAUGGCAUUUAAUAACCAUCUGCUCCAAAAUAAUAACCUUAAAAAGAAUAAUAAAUAAGAGAACCUUAAAAAGAUUAUUAAUAAUUUAAUUUGUAAGAUAGACUUUCUACUAUUGAAGUAAAAGUAGUCGAAAGUUUAUACACCUCACCAUAAUGUGAAUUAUAAUAUUUCAAAUUUAUUUAAGAUUAAGAGCAGAAUAAUAAUGAAUUAAACUAAGAUGAUGAUAUAAAUUCUGUUUCAUUUAAUUAAGAAUAAUCAAAUAAUUAAUAAAGUAACAAAGAAAAUGAUUAGAAAAUUAAUCAUAAAUUGACUAAAUAGAAUUAAUCUAAUCAUAAAUCAGAUUUAUAAUAAUUCAAUGAUAUUGAGUAAUAAACUGAAACAUUAUCUCAUGGAACUCCUGAUUUUAAUAAAAAUUCAAAGGAUAAGAAAGCAGGAGAAAAUAAAACUAAAUAAAAAAAGAAAUAAUCUACAUUAGAUUACUUAAUUAUGCCAUAACGUAAGGAUAGAGAAAGCUCUCCAAAAAAGAAAAGUCAUCAUAAAUUAUCAAAAGAUAUAAAAAAAGAAAGUAAUAGAAUGAGUUAAAGAAAGUGUAGCAGAUGGAAGUUUAAUAUAGCUUUUUCAGGAUUUCAUCCAAGCAGAGAGGAAUAAUAGUUUUUAUUAAUUCAAAACAUACAAAUAUGUUUAGAAGAUUAUACAUUUAAUAUGCUUAUUAUGGAAGAUAAUGUUUAACUUAGAUCAAUUAAAUUAUUAAUUGCUUUGGCUAAAGGAAUACCAAUCAUUUCUAGAGAUUGGCUGACUAGAUCUAUAAAUUAAUAUGAAAUUCUUGAUCACAAUUAGUAUUUUGUUAAAUUUUCUAGUGAGUUUUGUAAAGAAUAUAAUUUUGAUUUUAAAUAAUAUUAAAAGAGACUCUAAAAAUGGUAAUCAAAAAUAUUUUAUAUCAUUUAGUAAGCAAGACAAAAUUCAACCUCUCGAUGAUAUUACAAUAUUUGUUCCAAAAAAAAUGGUAUAUCAUAUUGAACAUUUUGAAUUAGAAUUUUUGAUAGAAACUUUAGGUGGUAAAUUUGUACAUUAAGUACAUGAUGAAAAUACCAAAAUUUAUAUGCUAAUACCAAAAGAUCAAACCAAAAUUGUAGGUUAUGACUAAUACUAAUAAAGCCCUAUUGAAUGCUUAUUCAAGAGCGCCUUAAAAUAUAAAAAUCUCCUUUGA